CAACAACAACGAAAACAACAGCAACAACAACGAGAUCAACACCAACAACGAGAACAACAGCAACAACGAGAACAACAGCAACAGCAACGAGAACAACAACAACGAGAACAACAGCAGCAGCAGCGAGAACAACAACAACGAGAGCAACACCAACAACGAGAACAACAGCGACAGCAACGAGAACAACAACAACGAGAACAACACCAACAACGAGAACAACAUCAACAACAACGAGAACAACAACAACGUCAAUUAUCGAUGUCUGAUAUCUAUUCAAUAUUUACAAGUCAUGAUCAAUUUAAUGAUUCAUUGAAAUACUUUACAUCAUUAUCAUCUAAUAUGUCAAUUAUAAAGAAAAAAGAAAAAAAUUUUAAUCUUAUAUCAUCAGCAUUAUCAAAAUGUAAUAAUAAUAAUAAUAAUGAUAAAAAUUUAUUAUUAAAACGUAAUUUAAAUAGAUUGAAAAAAUGUAAAACUUUAUCAACUAUGGAGAUUGAUUUGUUGCUAUGUGAAAAUACAGGAAAUUCUUCUGGCACAUUUAAUGGUCAUCAAUCGUUGGGUAGAAAUCUUAACAGACCGAAAAGUUACUUCAAUCAAGAACAUGAUCGCAACAACAACAAUAAUAAUAAUAAUGAUAAUAAUGCAAAUUCCUUUACAUCUUUAGUAUCUAAUUGUAAUGAUUAUUCAUUGAAAGAAAUUAAUUCAUCUAUUAAAUUUAAUCAAACGAUUCAUAGUAUCCCAGAUACAUUAUCAAUAAUAAAAGUACAAAAUACUGAUCAAUUAUUGAAUCAUUCACCACGUCGGUCAUCUUCUUUAAUCAGAUAUCAUAAUAAUAAUAAUAAUAAUAAUAAUAAUAAUAAUAAUGAUCAUAGAAGUUCGAUCAAAUUAAAUCGUUCACAAUUUCAACAUUCUGAUCAUCAUCCUCAUCAUCAUCAUCAUCAACAGCGGCAGCAACAACAACAACAACCACAACAACACCCUUACAUUUCAGCUUGUCCUAUUGAACAUUUAAUUGAUCAUGAUAUAUCAUUGCCUUAUAUGCCAACUUUAUUUAGUUCCGAUAGUAAAUCAUCAUCGUUAAGUAAAGAAAGUGGAGGAAAAAAGAUUUUAAACUUCCUUCAACGUGGAUUUCAAUCGAAACGACCAAAAUCAAUGGUAAAAAGUGAACGAAGAAAAAAUCCUAAACAUCUCUCAGGUUCCGCCUCCAAUUCUGAUCAGAAUCUUCCGGGAUCAUCAUCAGUUAUCAGUUCUCACAAGGCGAUUGUAUCUCUCGGAGAACAAAUUAGGUUGCCAUCAGAACUAUACAGUGUAUUUCAAGUGAAACCUACAAAGUUCGCCUUGACAUCUGGUAAAACGAAUCUCGAGACUACUGACGAUGUUAGCCAUCUAGUCCAAAUAUGUAAUGUUGACCCAAGUUUGAUUGGAAGUAACUGUAAUUACUACUUUCAAGUUAUGUCUCCAUCCCGAAGAAUGAUCAAGGAUCCAACCGUGUGCUUUGAUAGCCCACAGAGGAAAACUGACAAUGUCCAAUGUUCCUGUGUAGAGAACAACGAUGAUUUCUCAGCUAUGAACACACCAAACCUCCUUCGAACUGUCAGUCAUUCUCAGGGUAGCAUGGGAGAAACUGUCAAUAUUCCCUUCGUGAUUCACAAUUAUUCGUGUCAGUCAGCUUUGGAAAGAGAUCGAUGGGUACAAUAUUUGAAACGGCUAAUCAACCCAUCUCAAGAUGCUCAACGUCGUAAAGAGAAUUGUUUGAAUGUAUGGAUCCAAGAAGCAAAAGGAUUAACUAUAAAAAAUAGAUAUUAUUGUACAAUUUUGGUAAAUGGUACAAUCUGUGCACGUACAACAAUUAAACAAAUGACAGAUAUGUUGUUUUGGGGUGAAGAGUUUGAUUUAAGCGGUCUUACAAAUUGCUCAGAUCUAACGAUUGAGAUAUGGAAAGUGUGUGAUACCAAAGCUAGUUCUCCAUCUCAUCGUCAUCGGACUGCUUCUCCAUAUCGAUUAACAGCAUCGAAUAUUCGUCAACAGACAAAUACAAGUCCUCCAAUGCGUAAGGUAAUGAUGACUUGCACAAAAGCUGCAGAUGAUGGGUCAGUUUCACCACCUGACUUUACAGCCUUGCGUAAUUCUGUCAUUCUGGAUGAUUUAUCAACUACGUGUACCAAUAAUGAUGAAGUGUCUUCAAGACAAAAGCGUCGUAAAUUCAAGUCAUCAAAAAUGGUUAAUCCAACUCUCAUAGCAACAGUCAAUAUUUCUUUAUCGGAUAUUUCUAAUUGUGGUGAAGUAGAAAGUUGGUAUACUCCAAAUUUGAAUGACUCAAUUCUAUCAUCUGGUCAAUUGAAACAAUUAGAUAAUAAAAACUCCUGUGAAUCCAAUGUAAAUAAAACCAAAUCCAAAGGACGACGUUCCAAUCGUCAUGAUAUCAAUUUGAAUUUAAUACAGAUUCGUGUAAAAAUUCGUUAUCGUGCCCUAACUGUUUUACCGUUAACAAGUUAUGCUCGUUUAGAAAAUAAUCUAUGCCAAUUUCAAUUACCCAAAACGAUAUCACUUUCAAAUGGCACGGAUAAAUUAAGUAGUUUCAAAUUUGAUCCCAAUCCCUCAUUAACUACAUCUGAUAAACCUGAUCUAAUCCAAUUAUUGUCCAGCUUAGAUCCAUGGUUAAAUGUUAAGGCUAAAGCUGAAUUAGCCGGUGCUAUGGUUGUUUUACAACAGGCUCGUGGACAAGUAACUGCAUUCUUGGCCAGUCUUAUUUUAUGUGAAGUUAAAAAACAAAGUGAUCCAAAUAUGGUUUUACGGGCUAACAGUAUAGCAACUAAAGCAACAGAAAUUUAUCUACGUCUUGUUGGUGGUUCGUAUUUAUCAAAUAUUUUAUCGGAUUUUGUUCAAAUUGUUAUCAGUGGUCGCCCAGUUGAUCCACAAUUAAAAACAUCUAAUCGUUAUCCAAUCGAUUAUGAAGUUGAUAUAGCCAAAGUGCAAACCUCUACACAAUUAGCACAAAAUCAAGUUAAUCUAUUAGGUUUAGUUGAAACUGUAUGGAAGCGGAUUCUAUUAAGUGAAGUUGAAUUUCCAGAACAAUUUAGGGCAUUAUUUGUAGAGAUUAGAAGAUAUUUAGAAAAUGGUAUAAAAAGUAAUUAUUCAUCAAUGAAUAAUAUUUCUAAUAAACAUUAUGAUGGAUUAAAUUCUUCUAAUUCUACAAUUAAUAGUGGUGGUACAUUAUGUGAACAUGUUAUAUCAGCUUGUUUAUUUCUACGUUAUAUUUGUCCAGCUAUUUUAUCACCAUCAUUAUUUAAUUUAAUUUAUGAAUUUCCUAGUGAACCACGUAUAUUACGUGCAUUCACUUUGGUUGCUAAAACAAUUCAAACAUUAGCGAAUUUCAGUUUAUUCAGUGGUUCUAAAGAAACCUAUAUGAAAUUUAUGAAUCAAUUUGUUACAGAUCAACUUCCGGCAAUGAGACAGUUUUUACAAUCGAUUUCAGUCCCAAAUCCGAAAUCUACUUCGUCACAUAAAUCAUUGUUGAGUAGUGAUACAGUUUUAAAACCAAUUAAUUCUUUGUCAAAUAUUUAUAAUAAUAACAAUAGUAAUUUAAAUACUAUUAACGGUAAUACUAAUAAUGGUUCUAUGCCAAAUUCUUUACAUAUAAUUGGUUCUGAUGAAAAUUGUCUGAAAUCUACAAUUUCGAAUAAAGGUAAAAUGAAAAAUGGUUCUAAAGAGAAUAAUUAUUUUAUCAAUAAUAGUCAAUCACAUCAUGGUGGAUUUAUCAAUGAUAUUGAUGAUUAUAAAGAUUAUCCAAGUCAUUCUCAGCAUUCACCUGUUUUCACAAGUUCAGAGAUCACAAAUAAAUCAAAUGAUUUAAAAUCAAGUGUAAGUGGGAGUUCUAUGUCUCAGAAGUGUCAAUCUACAAGAUCGAUAUGUAACUCAAUUUGUUUACCUCCUCUACCAACAAACCAACACGGUCAUUUAGGCUUAAGAGAUCAUGUUGAUCUACCUUUGUGUUUAGCUUUAUGUCAUCUUCAAUUAUCUGAAGCAAUUGAAAAAGUUCCUGAAGAUAAAAGAAUGCCCGAUGUCAAAGAAUUGAAAUCAAUCCUAGAUGAAAUAGAUACAUUUCUUGUGUCUGGAAAAGAUCCUCAACCAAAUUGGUGGCAUAAAACAACUAUGAAUAAUAAUGAUAAUAAUACUGAUCAUAGUAGUAAUAAAACAACAAUACCAAUAAAGAAUAACACACCGACUAGAAAAACAACGACAAAAACAAUCAGUGAAAAUAUAAACAAUGAGCCUAAAAGCAAUUUAAAAUCACUAUGUUUCCAAUCUAAUCGAAAUAAAUCUAUAAGUAAUGAUGUUUAUAUCUAUGAGUGUACAAAUAAUGAACCCAAGUCAAUAAUGAAUACACCAUCAUCAAUCAAUAAAAGUAUAAAUCUAUCCGAUGAUGAUGAUGGUGCAACAAUCUCUGCAUUAAAUUCAUCAGUCACUAGUUUUAUAUCACCUAAACAAAUUGUUUUUCCUGAAAAAAAGGAUUCUCAUCAUGAUUCUAAAGAACAACAAAUUAAAAUUACACCUAACUCAAAUAUCAAGUUUGUUGUAUCAAAAGGAAAGCAAGAACGUGUAGCACGAUGUGACUCAAUAGAGAUCAUUAAAAUCUCACAUUCAAACAAUCAUAAUAACUCGAUGGAUACGAAUAAUGAACAGAUCUAUGAUAUAUUAAAUCCCACAAAUUCUUAUGUAGCUUUACCUAUUGAUCCGAAUCCAUCUAAAAAAGUUACUGAAUCAAAUCAUGAUUUCUCAUCAAUAACACAACGGGAUAAUCGAAGAAGAGUUCAAAGUACUAGAAAAACACAAGAACCUAUUAUUGUUCAUCAGAAUACUAUAGAUACUGAUAAUAAUGUAUGCGUUAAUAAUACAUUACAAAAGUCAUCAGUAAUAGAUCACCAACAACUAUCCAAUCACAUUGCAUCAAUUGAUAUAUGUAGCGAUAUUAUUAAUCCAGAACAAACUGAACAUUCAGAGUUUAGUCCAAUUUAUUUAGGGAAUUCUUCAUCAUCUGGUUAUCUUACUAUUUCAAGUCAUGGGAAUAUUUUAAAUUAUCCAGCUAUAGAACAAAAAUCAACUAUAGUUGACCCGAUUAUUGUCUCUACAUCGGAUAAUGAUAUCAUCAUGACAUCAUUGUGUACUACUACUACUGAUAUUAGUAGUAUGAAUAAUCCUGUAUACACUUGUCAUUCACCAAAACAAAGUAGUUCAAUCGAUUCCAGUGAUUUUCAAAAUCAAAUGACAAUUGUUGAUGAUACAAAUCAUUCAUUAGGUAUGUGUAAUCCUCAAUCAAAGAAAACUUCACAAAAUUCUGUUAGACGACAUACAUAUGUAAAUUUAUGUAAUGAUACACAUGAAACAGAUCGACUGAUUGAUGCUUUAAAAGAUAAUCAUUCUAAUUAUAAAAUAAAUACUAAAGUUAAUAAUAUAGAAUUAGACAAACGAAAUUGGGCACCACCUAUGUAUAUAUCUAAUGAACAAAGAAAUAAACGUAUUACUCUUACAUAUCCAACAUCUUAUGAACAUGUAAAUUCACCAAAUGAAUCAAUAAAUUAUAAUACAGAUCAAAAUACUCUCAAUUAUUAUGGUCAAGAAAAUGUAAAUUUUACUGAUCCAUUUAAAUUUUCACCAUCUGAACAAGAAUUAUGCCAAAAUUCUACAUUACAAACAGAAAUUCAACGAAUCAAAUUUAUUCCAUCAAAUACUUCUCAUACGAUUGGUGCAAUUCCCAAUAAAAGAACUGCAUUAUUUUCAUCAGAAAAUAAUACACCUACAACUAUAAUAGAUCUUCGAAGUGAGUUGGAUGCAUCACAAGCACGUUUAGCUGAAGCUCAAGCACGUCUACUGGCUAAUGAAGCUGAACGUAUUCAAAUAUUGAAAUCAUGGCAAAAUGAACUGAUCAAGCAAUCUCAAUUAAUUAAUGCAAGUAAAGCGGUCUGUAAUAAUUCACCAAUUCCUCAAUUUUCAUCUAAUUUACAUUUAACAAGUACAGAAAGUAAUUUACACUGUAAUCCUGAUGAGAAUGACUUUAAUGAAGGUGGACCUAGAUCAAUAUCAGUAAUACCUUUAUUAAAUUCAAGCGGAUUGAGAUCACAAAAUUACUCCGAAAGUAUCUAUGAUUAUGAUGAUAGUGAAUUGAUGAAUAAUACUGAACCAAAUAAACAAUACAUUACUGAUACAAAUAUUCAAACAUAUAAUAGUAAUGGGAUUAGUCGAAAUUUUGGCUUACAUGCAUCAUCUCCUAGCUCAUAUAUAAAGUCAUUAAGAUCACAUACCAAUCAACCUCGUAUGGGAGCGUCUGCUGUUGUCACAAACUUACACGACUAUCAUGGGACACCACCAAUGAGUGAUUAUCUUCAGUCGACAAUACCACGAAGUAGAAUAGUAACCAAUCGGGGUUAUCAAUUACACAAUACUACUACAACCAUUACAUCAACAACUAACACGGAAUUAGACGAAUUUUGUCGAAUAUCACGUAGUCCUUCUACACCGGGUUUGUCUAACUCAAACUUCACACAUACUCUUCGUGUAGAUCCUGCUGGUGAUAUGGACAAAGAGUUGAAUUCAACAGACAAUUCAAUUGACCCUGUUACUAAUGACGAAGAAUUCGCUAGACAAAUUCAAGCUAUUGUACAUGAGAACAAUCAACAUUUAUAUUCAUAAUAACUAAAUUCACAAAUGUAAUGAGGCAUAUCAUCCUCCUUUCUUUCUAAAUGCACAAAUAGCGACGACAACAACAACAAUAAUAAUAGCUCCAAUACUGUUAUUACUACUACUACUACUAAAUAUACUAUUUGAUAUGUAAUUUCUGAUUCAUUUGUCACGGAAACAAUAAUUUAUAUUUUUCUUUGCUCACAUAUCAAACCUUUUGCUCCUCCCCCCUCUACAAAAAUAUAAACAAUAACGAAAAUAAGAACAAAGGAAACUCAUUCUCUUCCCCCCUUCUCUCUCUAUGGUAAUUUAUAAAUAAUUACUUGAUAUAUAUAUAUUACUUUUUACAUAAAUAUGCAAGUGAACUUUCUAUAUAUUUUGUUUAUCAUUUAUUUAUAUGAAACUGUUCACUACCACAAUCACUAUCAACUACAAUGACCAAACCGGCACAAAUAUUUCUUUUUUUUUUGUAUAGAUUAUUGAUUUAUUGACUUCAUAUGAAUAUAAUAUUCUUUUCUUUGUGUUAUUGAAGCGAGAGAAAAAAAUCAUGAUAUGAAUAUUCUUUGUACAACAAACAACAACAUUCAUCAAAAUAAAUUAGUUUACAUUCUCUUUA